ACCUUGAGAUUAAUUAACUUUUCCAUGGAUCACUAAAUUUAAUUACAAUUGUUAAUGUUGACAGUAUUUGAAAAUAUCAAAAUAUGGAUAAAACCAAUUUACACAAAAUGGACGACAAAAGAGUGUGUUGAGAAUCCAAAUUACAUCAUGGAUCAUAAUUUUCCCUCCUUUUUGCUUCUCAACGUUAAAUUGUACUCGAUCCUAACAUCAAAGGUUUUUGUGCCUCAACUUGAUUGGGAUUAUCUUUCGUUUUCUUCCAACACUAAUUUAAAAUCGUAUUGAUUACCUUUAAUAAACCUCAACCACUGGAAGAUUAUCAAGCAAAUUCAGGAUAACUUAAUAUUCAUCUCUAAAUCACCAAUUUUACCAUUGAACCCAUUGAUAAAGCAAUGUAAAACAAUUGUCUACCAAUAAUGAGGCUUUCCUUUGAACCAGCCAGUCCAACCCAUUCACCGUCAUUUGGUUUAGCUGAAUCAAUAGGUUCAGAUGAAUCAUUUGCUUCAUCAUCCAUUGAAUCAUCCAAAUUUUCAGACUUUUUUUCACCCUCGCCACCAUCUUCACUAUCUUCACCUUCCUCAUCAAGUCAAACCAUUGAUAACCUCUCUAGUUCAACGACAUCCAAUUUAUGGUCAACCAUUUUCACACCAACAAUUUCAUCAACCUCUCUGCCCAUCUCAACACCAACAGUAACAACAACAAUCUCAUCUCUACUGUCAUCCAUUUCAUCUCCAACAAUAGAACCAUUAACUAGCGAAUCAACGGCACCAGUCGAUCACUACUAUCCCCAUCAUAACCAUCAUCAUCCAGUGACACCUUUCACUGCCACUCUGCCAACUCGAAUAAUAGACUUUGGCGAUAAAUUUGUCCGUGAAGAGCAACGAUGUGUGGCUCUUGUACCCGAAUCGUAUGACCCAAUCACAUCGACCCUCUGUGGGUUGGCAGUUUUCAUUGGAUUAAUUUACAUUCUUGCCGGUUAUCGGUUAUUCAGGUCAACAUUGUUUCUCACAGGAUUUUUAAUCUCAUCCUCACUGGUUUACACAUUGAUUGGACUUACCUCAUCACCAAUACCCUUCCUGGGUACUCUUGUUGUAUCCCUUUCAGUUGGAUUGUUGACCGGCCUGGUUACCUUUCUUGUAGCCUGGAUCGGCCUGUUUUGCCUUGGAUUUAACCUGGGAACCUUCAUUGGAACCAUUAUCAUAAUCUCAAUUCACCUUUUAUCACCUCAUGUUGAUACACUUUCACCUCCUCAGUCAAUCUGGGUAACCUUUUCAGUGAUUGCUGGAUGGGGAAUCAUCGGCGCCUUUUCAACCCUCUAUUUUCAAAAAGGAUGCACCAUCUUAGCAACCUGUAUGUUUGGUUCAGCCUUUGUGAUAGCAGGAUUAGAUUAUUUUGUUGAAAAUUUUAACCUCUUCAAUUGGUUUUGGGAAAACUUGCGAACCGAUGGAAAUGGCUAUGUAACUCUGAAUGGAUCAGAUGAUUCAGGUUUAUUCAUGUGUCUUAUAUCAUGGAUUUUGCUGAUGCUUUGGGCAAUCCUUGUUUCACUUGGUUUAUUUUGUCAAUGGUGUGCCACUGGUCGAGGCUAUUAUCACACAGGAACCUUGACAAGUACCUCUUCUAGUCGUCGUAAUGGUACACUGGAUUUGGUCAAGAUUCGUGCAGAAGAAUCGAAAACUGAACAAAAACAGAGAAAAUAUCGUUACCUUUAUCAAGUCAGAACUGCUCAUGGCGAUGUUAUUUCCCAGCAUUACAUUCAAAAUUUUCAGAAAAAAUUAUCACCUCAAAUGGAUCACAAUGAUAGUCUGAGGACUUACAAUUCCGAUUUAAGCCAUUUGACCAGUUAUAAUCAAUCGGAAAGUCGGACAACCACAAUGAGCCAUCUUCCUUGAACCCAGUCCUCACCAAAAUGACCCAAGAUAAAUCAAUAAUUAUCAAUUGCCGAAAAAUUGGAAAGCUUAAACCAUUGUGAUAAUUAGACAAAUUGACUAUUGAAUUGUACAAAAGUGGAGACAAUUUUUGUCAAAUCAAAGAAAGCAUUUCAAUUGGAUUUAUUUUUAAUUGUGAUAUGAGUGUAAAUACAAUCAGGAAGAAGAAGAGAUUAUAUUUGGAAAAGUCGAUUGUAAAAAAAAGCUGAAUUUAUAUCAACGAUUUCAAUGGUUAUAAAUAUUGGUUGGAAAAAAUAUUCAACAAUUGAUUCAAUUUUCAAGCUUCUCCAGUUUUUUUUUCAAGCCUCACACCUGGAAAGGUUAUUGAUUCAUAGUAUUUCAAUCAAUGGUGAUACUUUGAAUCUCAUUUUUUGUUCCUCAACUGAUUCUUUUUUCAUUAUCAGUUUCAUCGGAUGAUUCAAAUUUUAUCAACAAACGUCUUAACAACAUUUUUUUUGAAUCAACUUGCAACUUCCUUGUCUAUCAACAACAGGAUCAUCCUCAGUCUCAUCAUGAUCGCUCAUCAUUUGCUAGCAAAACAAAGGCGUUAUUAUUACAAUGUAAAUGAUUUUCAAUUGUGGCUGAAUGUGAAACAAAGAUUGAAAAUAAUUUGUUUCUUAAUACAAUUUUGUAUAAAUUUCCCAUUGUAAAUUGACUAAACAAUUGUCAGUGCCAUUAGUCUUAAAGGUAAAAUCAGGUGACUAGCAAUUAAAUCAUUUGCAAUUAAAAUAAAA